CGGGCCGCGGCUUCAUUCGGCUUUCAGCGCUCGGUGUUGGCGUGUCGGUGUGUGAACCCAUCUUCCUAUCUAUCUCGCCCUCCCCGUCCCCCCUUUACGUGAGAAAAAAGCAAACGCGCAAGAGGACUUAACGCAGCGAAGACAUGUCUGGACGCGGCAAAGGCGGUAAGACCAAGGGAAAGGCGAAGACCCGAAGCAGCAGGGCCGGGCUGCAGUUCCCCGUGGGAAGAAUCCAUCGCCUUCUCAGGAAAGGCAACUACGCGGAGCGUGUUGGCGCCGGUGCACCGGUCUAUCUCGCCGCCGUGAUGGAAUAUCUGGCGGCCGAAGUGCUCGAGUUGGCUGGAAACGCCGCCAGGGACAACAAAAAGACUAGGAUAAUCCCACGCCACUUGCAACUGGCCAUUCGCAAUGACGAGGAAUUGAACAAAUUGUUAUCUGGGGUGACCAUUGCUCAAGGUGGAGUUCUGCCUAAUAUCCAAGCAGUCCUGCUGCCGAAGAAGACUGGUACCGGUGGCUCUGGCAAGGGCGACAAGGCGUCACAGGAAUAUUAGAUUUAUUACACGUUUAUAACUUUUAACUACAACUUUAGAGACAUGUCUUUGUUUUGUGAAACAAUCAGAGAAAGAAAAACGAAUGUCCUUACAAAUCAGCACGAUAAAGCUAGAUUUUACGUGGGCCCGAAGAUAAGAAAAUGUAGAGUUUGAUAACAAACGUUUAAAUCAUCAUAAGCUUUCUUGUUAUUUUAUUAUCUUCAUGAAUCCAGAUUUGUGAACAUUAUCUUCUUUUUUAUCAACAACUAAUUCGAGAAAGCUAGAUGAAGCUACCACUUUAAUUUGCUCUACCAAGUCUCGUUCAGAACAUCUUAAGAUGUAUUUUAUGCUGAAUUAUUCUUUGAUUGAACAUUUAUACGUUACAUGAGUAGCAAUUUUAAAUUCCUGUUUCGAUUUUAAUACAGACUUUAACGCAAUGUAUUUGAUAUUUUAUUUAAAUGCUUUCGUGACAUUUAUACGUGUUCUUUCCUGCAUGCGUACACAUUUUGUCUGUUCUAUUUUUAAUUUUUUAUCUUUAGUGUCAUUAGUUUAUUCUCCAGUGUCUUAUUAUAUUAAAGAUUUGAAGAUGUAUUACAAAAACGCUUAAAUGUUUUUGUUGAAUGUAAACGAUAUUUAAUGCAAAAAUAAAAAGCAUUGCGUCCA